UCUCUCUCUCUCUCUUUGGUUCUCUUUUGGGUUGUAUAAAUAAACCUAUCGAUUCAUGUUCUGGUAGUUUGAUUGCAAGGAGUCUUCUUCAUCAAGAUCAAUGGAGAAGCAAUAUGAAAAGAAGAUCACAUGGACGAUUAAGAAUUUCUCCUCUUUGCAAUCUGAGAAAAUUUAUUCUGAUAAUUUCGUAGUUGGUGACUCCAAAUGGCGUCUUCUUGCCUAUCCCAAGGGAAAUGGUGAUGAGAUUAAUAGAAGUUUGUCGCUGUUUCUUUCUGUUGCUGAUUCUGAAUGUUUGCCUGAUGGAUGGAAAAGACACGCGAAAUAUAGCCUAACUGUUGUCAAUCAAAUUUCAGAGGAACUCUCCCAACAUAAAGCACCAGAAAGCUGGUUUGAUCAGAAGUCUCCCAACAGGGGUUACAAAGCAAUGAUUCCCCUUACCCAACUUCUUGACAUAAAUGGUGGGUUUCUGGUGAAUGGAGAAGUCAAGAUUGUUGCCAAAGUUGGUGUUCUUGAAGUUGUUGGCAAAUCAAUUGUAGUAGAGGAAACUUUAUUAGUUAAUGAAAGCGUCGAAUGCAAUGGGUUUCAAGUUCUUCCUUCACAGGUAGAAACUGUUAACAGUCUGUUUGAAGAGCACCCAGACAUCGCAUCAAAAUUCCGUCCGAAGAACCCACAUCUGAGAACAACAUACUUGAAUAGCCUACUAAGCCUGACUGAGAUGCUGUGCCAGUCCCCUGAAGAACUCUCCACUGAUGAUCUGGCCACUGCUUAUUCUACACUAAUCUGUAUGACAAAAGCGGGGUUUCAGUUGGAUUGGCUGGAGAAGAAACUGAGAGAGGUCGGUGAGACUCGGGUGAAAGAAAUUGAGGAAGAGUUGGAGGGCAUGAAGCAAAAGUGCGCAGACAUGGAGGCUCUGCUGGAGUUCUUACGAUGAUGUUGUUUUAUGACUUGAAUUGUUGUAGGCAGUUGAGAGUUUGGCUCUAAUUGGUGUUUUGGAACUUUUCUUGUCAUUGAGGUUUCCUUAAGUUUUUUUUAUUGCGCUUUGUUUCUUGUUGGAAAAGAAAUUCCAAAAAUGUCUUAGUGUCUCAAUUCAUGCUGAGGAUACAUAUUAUCUAAUAACAUAUGAAGAUGAUUAGAGA